AGUGACACCAUCGCCUGAUGAACAGACACAAGGCACUUCGAUCGAAACAUCAUGUCGGAGGAGAACCCUACCCUUGCUCCUCAGGAGUACACGAGGGACAUGUUUCGCUUCACCGAUGAGGAGAGAACCGCCCGGUGGCAUAAUUAUCAAGGCAGCGGUCGUGUCGUCAGCAUUGCAGAUGACCAGGGCGUUGUGCGUGAUUACCAUGUUAAUCCGUUAACGGAAGAACUUGCUACAUUCUAUGCCUUCAGCCAACAAUUUGACGAGCUUGCAAAGUUUCCGCCUUAUUUGACAGAAACCGGUCCCAACCUCGGGGACCUAGGCGUAAGAGCAGGCGUUAUGGGAGCGAUACGCCAUCCAGGUCGGACUUGCAUCGUCUAUCUAGAUGAGGCGGGAGUCCCUCGUUUCAUCUUGGUCCCACAUCAGGAAGAGAUCGCUGCUUGGAAUCAUGUUUUGGAAAUGGAAUGGGCUGCACUCGAAAGAUAUGAGGUGCUUGACGUGACCCCUGCUGUGUCACAGUGGGCCACCAGACAGAGUGGCUGACUCUUGUCGGAGAGCAGCCAUCAUACACUAUGGAAACUCUCGAAUCAACGGCAGGUCAAUGUCGGCUUCGACAAAAAUAAUGAUAUGCUCGCGCUUGUCAGGAGGAAUGUGGAGUUCGAACAAUUUAGUAGACGUGAAGUCAGGCAGUGUAAAGCCUUCGUCCGCGAACAACGAAUAGGCUGACGUU